UAUUUCCUGAAAUGAACACAUAGGCAAUUGAUAAGUUGUACGAGGGACGGUGAAGGAGACGAAAAACUUGGCUAAAACCCCGAAUAUCUUUAGAUAUUUCGUCAAAUUUCAUUUAAUCUAAGGGGGUUGUCGCUGUUCGGUUUACACCUUCGUUAAAUGCUCGACUGCAGCGUCCGGCGGUUCUGACGCGCCAGGUGCCGCGAUGCCGACGAGUUGGCAGCGGGGGCAAAUGCCAUCGUUUUCAUGGAGCGUUGGGCGAUGGCUGGCGCUGUCGUUGGUCCCGGUCGCCAUGGCGCUGGAGGCCCCGGCGUCCGUCCUGGUGGACUGGCGGGACGUGUGGAUGUCCCGCCUCCUCCUCAACCUGCUGGGAUACGCCACCAUCCUCAUCCCCGGAUACCUGCUCAUCCAAUACUUCAAACGCAUCGACUACCUGGAGACAGGUCGGGGCCUGUGUUUCCCUGUUAUAAAGACCUGUGUAUUUGGAGGUGAAUCAAAGGCGGGGCUUCUAGAUGAUCCGUCAGCGGCACCCAGAAAUGAAAUCGAGUCGUCCUCACCAACCAGACAAGCACUGAAGCUUUUAUUCUGCGCCGUGGGACUGCAGACCUCGUACCUGACGUGGGGCCUCCUGCAGGAGCGCGUGAUGACGCGCGCGUACGGGGCGGGCGAGGCGGGGGCCGGGGGCGGGGCCACGGGCGGCGGGGAGCGCUUCCAGGACUCCCAGUUCCUGGUGUUCAUGAACCGCAUCCUGGCGCUGACGGUGGCCGGGCUCUGGUGCCUGGUGUUCAAGCAGCCGCGGCACGCCGCGCCCAUGUUCAAGUACUCCUUCGCCUCGCUGUCCAACGUGCUGAGCAGCUGGUUCCAGUACGAGGCCCUCAAGUACAUCAGCUUCCCCAUGCAGGUGCUGGCCAAGGCCUCCAAGGUCAUCCCCGUCAUGCUGAUGGGGAAGGUGGUGUCGCGGAAGAGCUAUGAGUACUGGGAGUACCUGACGGCGGCGCUCAUCUCCGUGGGCGUCAGCAUGUUCCUGCUGUCCAGCGACGAGCGGGAGCACCCCUCCACCAUCACCACCUUCUCCGGCCUGGUCAUCCUGGGCUGCUACGUGGUGUUCGACAGCUUCACCUCCAACUGGCAGGACAACCUGUUCCGCUACAAGAUGUCGUCGGUGCAGAUGAUGUUUGGCGUGAACCUGUUCUCCUGCCUGUUCACCGCCGUGUCUCUGGUGGAGCAGGGCGCCUUGCUGGACUCGCUGGCGUUCAUGACGCGCCACCCGGAGUUCACCUUCCACGCCGUGCUGCUGUCCGUGUGCUCCGCCUGCGGCCAGCUCUUCAUCUUCUACACCAUCGGCCAGUUCGGCGCGGCCGUCUUCACCAUCAUCAUGACCCUGAGGCAGGCCUUCGCCAUCCUGCUGUCCUGCCUGGUGUACGGGCACGCCGUCAGCGUGGUGGGCGGGCUGGGCGUGGCCGUGGUCUUCCUCGCCCUCUUCCUCCGCGUCUACGCCCGCAGCCGCAUGAAGAAGAGCAAGAAGCCCGCCGGCCCGCCGGCCGUGCAGAAGGUCUGAG